CUUAUUAAAUAGAUUGAGAUGGCUGCUGGUUCUUCUGCUGGGUUUGAUCGUCAUAUAACUAUAUUUUCACCUGAGGGUAAAUUGUACCAAGUCGAGUACGCCUUCAAAGCAGUCGACCAAGGAGGGCUAACAUCUCUAGCCGUUCGUGGCGAUGACUCCGUGGUAGCUGUUAUUCAGAAGAAGGUGCAGGACAAGUUGAUUGAUGCGACAACAGUAACCAACGUACACCUGAUUACCACCCAAAUCGGGUGCACUAUGACGGGCUUGGUGGCCGACGGCCGCAGUCAGGUGAUCCGAGCACGCGCCGAAGCUGCUCAGUUCAAAUACAAGAACGGUUACGACAUGCCAAUCGCUAUGCUGGCAAAGCGAAUUGCAGAUAUCAACCAGGUUUACACACAAAGUGCCGAAAUGCGUCCUCUUGGUUGCAUCAUGACAUUGAUCAGUUUUGACGACGAGCUUGGGCCAUGUCUGUACCAGAUCGACCCAGCCGGAUACUACAGGGGCUAUCGUGCAAUCAGUGCCGGCGUGAAGAAGACAGAGGCGAACAACAUUUUGGAGAAGAAAAUCAGAGAUAGCCCGAAGCUGAACAAGAAACAGACAUUGCACUUGGCUGUAGAAUGUCUGUCUCAAGUACUCUCGGCCGACUUCAAAGCCGACGAAAUCGAAGUGUGUGUAGUGUCUAAAGAUGCGCCGAGUUUUAAGGCGCUGUCCGUUGACGAGAGAGAAGCGUUGCUAACUGACCUCUACGAAAGCAGAGAGUAAACUGAUUUGAAUUGUGACGUUUAAAUUAAGUAGCUGCUGAUAUUAUCUGAUUCGAUGUAAAGAUAUUAAUUGUUCUUUAUGAGCCGGUUUAAAUAAAAAAGUGAAUUGAUUAUUGGUUUAA